GUCCGUUCUAUCGCAAUUUUGCAAGGUACCGUUCAAAAUGUAUACUAUGUCGAUGAGAUGGUGAAGGCUGAAGCUUGUGACCUUACCGUACCCGAAUUCAAGCCUCCCCCCCUUGUCAAGACUCAAAACUUUGUUUCUCUAUUCAGUAUCAAAGUUCUUUACUGCUUAUACGAGGGAUCAAUCCCGGUACCCUAUUGUGUGAAUACCCUCUUUUUUUUAACCUUCUACUGGCCUUCGUCUUAACUUGCAAGCUUCGAGUAUCCGAGCAAUUACUUUCCUUCGUCAGCGACAAUUUCAUUUGUUUGAUCUUUGAUACCCCCAUCCUCUUCUAUCAUCUUUUUGAUCUAUUACAAUCUUCUAAUACUUUCCUAACUUGAACUUCUCCCGGGCUCCCUAGCACCAAGCCCAUACAACCAACCAGCCACAUCAAGAUUUGCGACAACCGAUCCAAAUCCAAAUCCAAAAUAACCAUAUACCAACCGUCUCAUGAAACGAACUAACCCAUCGUCUUCGUCACUCUUUUGUUCUUAAACCUACCUGCGACAAGAGCUCCUAUCUGGUUAUCUGGUUCACUUGUCGCCCACUGUCUUUUAAGUGAAUGAAUUGCCCCAGUUUCCACUCGUCGUUGUCCUUACGGUGCGACUAACCGCCUCAAUGCCCUGGCAACCUUUGCCCCGUAUCGCCUUCGCCGUCGCGACCUAUCCCUUCGAGACCAAGAACGAAAACGAACUCCCUCUAGAGAUUGGCGAUGAUCUAUAUAUUAUCGAAGAGACCUCGGACGGUCAAUGGCUGCGGGGAUAUCUGCUAGCGCCUCCCUCGCUUCUGGCUGGCUUGACAUCCGUCAGGGGCCAGCCUCUCGAAGCUCGUGUUUUUUCCGGCAUCUUCCCACGCACAUGUGUUGAGAUACGUGAGGUGUUGGAUAAUGGAGACGGAAAUUCGGAUAAUAGCAGUAAUUACCAAGGGGACGAUGAUGCGCCACCUAUCGGGAGCGACUCUGGCAAGAGUGGAAUGGGCGUGAGCAUGAGGAAGUCCUACUUCAGAGAUAUCGAACAUGGGAAUAGGUUGCUUAGAUCGAACGACGCCAUGUUCGGUGGUGCCCUUGGUUGUGCCCCCGAGCUGGGAAUACGCGAACCUGGUGCACCUAAGCCAGCCGCGCCGGUACCAAUGCUUAGGUUAGGGGAUGAGACGUCUACUUCUACAAUGGAACCUCUGGUAGACGAAAUCGCGUCGUGCCUACGCGAAUGGCACUCGACUAAUUUCCACGAGUUAUUGCUUACAAGGCAGUAUACUAAGCUGGACAAAGUUUCCCAGCUAAUACAAACCCUGGACCUGUCAAGGAGACAAUUUUUACAUAACCUUCUCACAACUCGAGAGUAUAAUGCAUUGAGGGAAAAAACGGUGUGGGAUCUGGUCAGGGGGAAUAAAUUGUGCGGAGGAGAGGUCAUUGUGCGGGAUCCCAAUGCAAGAGGAAGAAUCCUGACUGGCGACGAUUCGGUUGUGGAGAUCACCAAGUUACAGUCGAUCAUGAGUUUAUUAGACGAGCCACCGCAGCCGCAAGUUGAAUUAUCCGCGUUACACCACCUAAUGGUUGAUAUUAAGAGCUUCGUCGGUUCUUCUAACGAGCCCACAACGUUGGUUCUUUACCUCGUUAGUAAAUCGAUCGGAGGAACCCUAACCAGGCUCUCGGAAAGCUACAUAAUUGAGGUUCCAUCAGGUGGUACGAUGGGCUAUUUGAACAGAAAUCCGCAGAUGCGUACCUUAUUUACGGAUUUGACUUCCGCUGACAUUGGCGAUGGACCAUCCGCCGACUCAGAACUGUACCUAAUUGUCAAAGUGCGCUCUCCACAACAGGUAAUAUCGAAUAAGCCUGUUUCGAGGUCAGGUUCAUUUGGCCAACCCAAUACGCCGUUCUCAAAUAGUAAACCGUCCUCCUCCUCUAGUGGUGGUAAACCUUCUAGGAGAAGUCUGAUGUGGGGAACUACGAGAUCUGCGUUCUCUAGAGGGGGAACAAAACUUGAUGCUUUAUCUGAACAACCGGAGGACAGGCCUCCGACGGACAAUCUCGAGAGCAGAGAUGGGACGAUGCCUCCAAGUACUGCCGGCUCGAGGGCAGGACGCCCAUCCAUAGACGGGCCGCUACCAUCGCAGAUGCUAGCGGAAAGAAUGGUGGGCAUGGGUGUGCUUAGUUUGAACUCGAUCAUGAAACAGGAUGAAGAGUCAGAGCACGUCCUUACAGUCUGGUCGCCAUCCGCGAGGUUCCCCACUGAGAAGUAUGACAGCGCUGAGGGCUGGGACGGGCUGGUUCGUGACCUUCUGGAAAGCAAAUCAGGCCACUACGAAAAGUCCAGGAGGGCAGAGCGAUUACAAAUUCACCUCAAAUCUUUCAACAGCCCCGACGCAGAUGCCCUUAUCAAAGCAACUCCUACUCUACUUGCUGGAAUUAGCAAAACCAGCAAGAUGGGAUUCUCCGGCGCCCCGACAAAACCUCGGUCUGACAUCUACGUCACCGUUACAGAAGCUCUUUUGGCCCGUCAGAACCUGAUCUCGCGUUUCGGGGCUAGUGCGACGGCUAUAUCUAGCAAUAUGCACGGUGGAAAUCUUAUAGUCUCCUUAGAAGUUCGGCGACAAUCAGGAGAGCGAAUCGAAGAUUGUAUAUACGCCUCUUCAAAUUCGGAGCCAGUGACUACCUGGCGCUCAUUUGCUGUAGAGCGUGGCGAGCACUGGGACCAAACCCUUCGGCUCUCACUUCUCCCUGCUGAUGUUAGUACAUCAAAUGUCGUUUUUGCCGUUUCCGAUCUGCCGAACACGCCUUUUGCGAUUGCAUAUAUGCCCCUGUGGGAUCAACAGGCCUUUCUGGGUGACGGUCCGCAUUCUCUACUCCUUUAUAAGCUAGACGAGUACACACAAACUGCGCAGGCUGGGCCAACUGGCAGGGGUGGGUAUCUAUCUCUUCCUUGGAGCGCUCGCAGCGACUCGAGCGAGGUUACCGGCCCACUUGCAACUCUUCGAGUUGAAACCUAUCUCUGUAGUACCAGAUUCUCACAGGAUCGAAUAGUCCUUGGGUUAUUGAAAUGGAAAGAGGGUCCUAGAGACGAAAUCCCAUCAUUGUUGAAGCAACUCGUGUUUGUGCCUGAGAUUGAGGUUGUUAAGUUGCUAAGCGACGUCCUGGACGCUCUCUUUGGUAUUUUAGUUGAAUAUCAAGGUAACGAUGAGUACGAAGACCUCGUCUUUACAGCCCUGGUCCGAGUUCUGGGCAUAGUCCACGACCGCCGGUUUAACUUGGGCCCUCUCGUGGAUCACUAUGCAGAGACAAAGUUCAAUUAUCCAUUUGCCACUCCCUGUCUUGUCAGGUCCUUCACGCGGCUACUCACAAAGCCAACCGAGUCGGAGACUGCUCGGAAAUUGAGGGCUACGCUGAAGGUCGUACGCCAUAUACUCAAGUUCAUUACCCAUGCGAGAGGGCAACAGAAAGUCAAGGAAGCUGGUAUUGGAAUUACUGGCAGCACGGCCAGCUUUACUCGAAAUUUGCAGAGCAUAUUUAAGGCGCUCGAUUCAAUGAUGCGAAGUACUGCACCAGUUUUAGUGGGAAGCCAGACAUUGGCUGUACAGCAUUUUCAUACGUGGUUACCCGAACUCACUGGAUUGCUUACCACCGAGGAGAUACUUCACAUAGCUAUUGACUUUAUGGAUUCAUGUGCUCUGGUCAAGGGUAAGCUGGUGCUGUACAAGCUAGUUUUGAUCAUCAACUAUUCUAAGCUAGACCUAUUUUCUGGUCCAGAACAACGAUCAGCUCUCUGUGCCAACACGGUCAGGUGGAUUGCGCCACACUGGGGUCGGACGGACGAGGUAACAGAGCAAUGGAAGGAACAAGUUCGUCUUUGUUGCUCGGUAUUGGCCAGCCAAGUGCAUCAUUUGAAUGCCGAGAUUCCUGAUUACAUACCAAAAAUUAUCAGCUCCUAUUUAUCAAUCCAAGCUACCGAGCUGAAACCGAAAACCCGAUUUUCACUUCUGUUCCCAACAACAUACCCAUUUCCGAGCAAACAAAUACCCGGAGAUGCCGUUCAGUUUGAUGAAGCUUUGAUAGAAUUAUCAGCAAUUUUGUCUGCUCUUUCGAACUCGCCUAACGGAAUGCAACUUGAGCUGGCCGCAGAAGACCUUACGAUCCUCUUGAAGAAUACACUCCAUGUGCAUACAAGUAUCUUGCAGGGGGAAGCUUUCCCGUCAAGUUGGCUCAGUGUAUAUAUCUAUCAUCAUAAGUCAACUAUGAGAACUCUACAAUAUCUUGCAAGCAUCCUCCUAGAAUCCUUCUUGCCUCAUCCCGACGAGGCCGAAGAUUUUGAUACGGAGUUGUGGCGGAUGUUUUUCUCCACGCUACUAAAACUCGUCGGCAGCGGUCAUUUGGCACUUGAGACCUUCUCGGAACAAAAGCGAAGAGCAGUUUGGAAGAUUGCCGGUGACGUUAGGGAACACGGUGCUGAAUUGUUAAGGCGUACCUGGGAAGCUAUUGGUUGGGACACCAGCCCUGACGAGAGAUCUCGGUAUGGAUUAGCAAAGAUGGGUGGUUAUCAAGUCCAAUAUGUCCCUACACUGGUUGGUCCUAUAGUAGAGCUCUGUCUGAGCGUUCACGAAGGACUAAGGAGGAUGGCCGUCGAAGUUCUCCAAACCAUGAUCGUUAGUGAAUGGACGCUGAGUGAAGAUCUCUCUGUUAUCCAAACAGAGAUGAUAGAUUGCCUGGAUGGAUUCUUCAAAGACAAGACCAUGACUGAGAGUAUCUUGCAAAAGCUUUUCAUCAGCGAACUCCUUGACCGAUUCGAACCAUUAUCACUAAGUAAAGGUGAUCCGCUAUACUCUGCUCUCAGAAACCUGAUCAAGACGAUUGCCGAGUUUCUAGACCUUCUAGUUGCUGUCCAUAGCGGAGAUAUCACGAGUGAAGCGUCUCAUCUGAUCAACCGCCUUCAACUCAUGGAAUUCCUCAGAGACAUGCAGAAAGAGGAGAUAUUUAUCCGAUAUGUCCAUCAACUAGCAACUCUGCAAUUUGAUGCUAAGAACCAUACUGAAGCUGGGCUAGCUCUUCGCCUUCAUGCCGAUCUCUAUGAUUGGGACCCAUCAAGGUUAACACCGGCUCUUCAGGAUCCUGACCUCCCAGAACAGACUCAUUUCGAACGAAAGGAACGAAUCUAUUUCGAUAUGAUCAAGCACUUCGAGGAUGGGGAGGCUUGGAGCAGCGCACUUGCAGCCUAUAAGGAACUCCAGGCCCAGUACGAGAAUAACGUCUUUGACUUCGCUAAGCUUGCCAGAACCGAAAGAGCCAUUGCAACUAUUUACGAAAAGCUGGCAAAGGGCGACAAGUUGGUGCCGAAAUACUUCAAGGUAAUAUAUAAAGGUCUCGGAUUUCCCCUGAAUCUGCGCGACAAAGCAUUUGUGUACGAAGGUUCUCCUACCGAGCGGACGUCAGCCUUUACGGACCGUAUGCAAGAACAGUAUCCAGCAGCCCAGAUCCUUACAUCCAGCGACGUUGACAGCGAAGUUGAAGGGCAAUACCUAGUCAUAUCUGCUCUUAGUCCUCAUCGCGAUCUGAGCCAUCAGGUAUUUCAGCGUGCUAGAGUUCCACAGCCUAUCCGCGAUUAUCUCCUUUCGUCUCAUGCGCAGACGUUUUCGGUAUCAUCUAAGCGAAGCACUAAUGGACCUGUCGACACUCACUAUGCUGAAAAGACAGUUUAUACUACGGCUGAACCUUUCCCUACUAUUCUGCGGCGAAGUGAGAUUGUCGAUAUUCGCACAAUACGGUUAAGUGCAAAGGAGACAGCUCUUGAGCGAAUCGUACGGAAGACGCAUGAAAUGACAGCUGUGGAGAAGAAGUUAGCCGAAGAGGACGAUGAAGAAGUGGCCCAAUUGAUGGUAGAUGCCAUUAAUAUAUCGGUUAACCCUGGCUCAGAGAGUAGUGUCGCAUGCUAUCGCCAGCUCCUUCCUGUCCCGCAGUCCGAGGACGAAGAAGAACCAGAGCUAGAUCAGCAAGAAAAGGCGAUCAAGAUGGCGCUCGUAGACCACGCGAUCAUGAUUAAGAGGUGCUUAGCCAGCUUUGCUCGUAGCUCUAACCCUGUCCUUCUGAAGGGAUAUGAGGACUCGUACAAGCAUUUCUUAUCUACAUUUGCACCGGAGAUUGCGAUUUUUGCGCCAGCUCAAACGCCUCGUGACAAUACCUCAGCAACACCUUCACCAGCUUGGCAAAGGUCAUCUCCCGUUGCGGAGAAUGCGUCUCCUGAAACUAAAGCCGGCAUGUUAGCGGCAAAUGCUGCCGUGGUAGAGGAGGCAGCAGCAGCUCAGCCAAUUUCUAUGAAGCAGCGCGGGACAAGACUUAGCUUCUUGGGCGGAAAAAAGAAAGAAUCCCAACACCAGCCUCAGCAGCAGCCUAAUGGCGAUAUCUCGAAUCUAAAGCAAUAUAAAGGCGAUAGCGAUUCCAACAGCCAAGCAAGCAGAGGGAAAGAUCCUUCCAAUCGAAAGAGCAUAUUCCGCACUCAAUCGAGUGACACUAAUCUCAGCUUAAACCCGCAUGUACAGCCCUCUCAUAACGGUAAUGUUGACCCAAGCACACCCGAUUGGGCAACCGACCGAUCGCGCAAGAGCAGAGAGAUAGUGGAUGUCUUCGAAAGGGAUUUCGAUAGGCCCAAUGAUGGUGGGAUAGGGUUCAAUUCAGUCAAAAAGAGGCUGAGCAUCUUGAAGUUGGGAAAGAAACCAAGUAAACCGAACGGUUUCUUCAUGGGUGGUGUAAGUGAGGAAUAAUACUAGACAUAUCCAAAGAAGCUGGUUUGUGAUAGUGGAAAUACACGAUAACAGCGGGUGCUGUACGUGAAGGGAUACCAAAUUUGAUGGAGCAGGAUAACGAAAAGCUUUAAGGAACAAACCUGGCGUUCUGGACUAUCAUCUUGACGAGGCGAAGUGGCGCCGGAAAUCAACUACUGUAUCGAAUGCCAUUUAUCCGCUACUAGCGGGCUGUUUACUUCAGGCAUCGUUUCCCUUGAUCUUCUUUUUUUUGUUUGUUUUCGAUAACGGUUAUUCAUGAAGAUUUUGUCCCCUAUCAACCUAGAGGAGAAUUACCUGUUGCACAUAUCUACCUAGGUAUCUACCUAGCAACGAAGCCUUGAUUCUACAGUCGAGGUGUGUCCACCAAAAGAUGAACUAUAUCACAAUUCAUCACGGGGAUACUUGUUUCCCUAUGUCUGAAAGUAAAGUAAUUACAUGUACAUCUAGUUAUAGCUAAUCAUAAAAGAUUCGGAACGUCAAUGCACAAUGCAUUAUACUGAUGUUUCUUCCCAUGUCUCAGCGUGUCUCUACUCGAUAAAGCCAAUCCUGAUUU